UUUCUACUCUUCAGAAAGGGAGGUAAAUAAAUCUUGUGUAAGAAAAAAAUAAAAAUGUUGGGAUUUUUCAAGGCAAAGUCAAAAUCGAUAACAAUUCCUGAUCGACCUCAUCCACCUUCAUUUGAACAAAUAAAAGAAGACGUGGACAUUGCGCCUGACAGUGACAUAAUGUUUUGUACGCGUUCACGUUCUGGUAGCGAUUCCUCGGAGGAGUAUUUUGACGCCCGGUCGGAGUUUGAUACGUCUGGAGACGAGGAUAUGGAGGAGGAACAGGAACACGCAUAUGACCAAUCCGUAGAACUGUUACAGUUACACCAACGACUCGUUACAGCGCCCCAGGCUCUGGAGGCGGAGCUAGACAAACUGAGAACUCUCGGACAGGAAGUGUCUAAAGCAGUGGAGGAAAUCCGACAGAUGUCAAAUCACAGUCCGCGUCAGUCAGAGGAUUCCAACAUCUCAGGUCAACAGAAAAAGACGAAAGUCAAAACAUAGUCUUCUGUACGUUAGAUAUUGUGUGUGAAAUAAUUUAAAAAGUAUAUCUGAUGUGUAAAAAUAUGCCAAUGUUUAUGUUAUAUUCAUUAUAGAUAUUUUCUCCAGUGCAUUUAAUGGAGUAACUGGGUUAUACAUGUAUGUGUGCAGCAACAAUUAUGUUGAGUUGACUUACUUGGUUUUCUAAAACAUAUGUUAAAAGAAUGUUCAUUCAUAUCUGUAAAAGUUUUAUGUUCAUAAAUAAUGUGCAAUGUUUCUUGUGAUUAAAUAAAUUUAGUAAAUCCAU